CACCGCCGCCUACCACCGAAGAAGAAACUGUUUUCCUCAGACGUCACCGUCGUGUCCUGGAGAACCGGGAUGCUGCUGCGCUGAGGUUCCGGGAGAGCGGCGGAUCGUCUCGGUCACCCCGGUGGAACAUCCGCACAGCCCGGCGCGGGGAGCUCUGUGACCGGCCGAGGAGCCUCUGGAGGCGGCAAGGAGCGCCACACAGACCGCGGUGAGAGGAGGACACGUCAGCGGAGGUUUCCGGUGGACCUGCUGGGGGCGCUGCAGCACCAUGAGCGGCGCGGCGCUCGGCAUCGAGAUCGUCCUGGUCUUCUUCCUGGCGCUGUUCCUGCUGCACCGCUACGGAGACUUCAAGAAGCAGCAGCGCAUGGUUCUGUUCGGCACGCUGCUGGCCUGGUACCUGUGCUUCCUCAUCGUCUUCAUCCUACCGCUGGACGUCAGCACGACCAUCUACAGGCAGUGCAUCCUGGACCAUGAGGAUCAUGGUUCUGGUUCCACCAUCAGCCCGGCCAACCACACCACCCCCAACGCCACGGUGGCUCCAACUAAAAGGAGCGGUGCGGCGCCGUGCUACAGGCCCUGGAGCUACAUCCCUGAAGGCAUCAUGCCCGUGUUCUGGAGAGUGGUGUACUGGACCUCCCAGUUCCUCACCUGGCUGCUGCUGCCCUUCAUGCAGUCGUACGCGCGGUCCGGCGGGUUCUCCAUCACCGGGAAGAUCAAGACGGCGCUGAUCGAGAACGCCAUCUACUACGGAACCUACCUGCUGAUCUUUGGGUCGCUGCUCAUCUACGUGGCCGUCCACCCGGAGCUGCACCUCUCCUGGUACGGGCUGCAGACCAUCGGCAUCACGGCGGCCAACACCUGGGGCCUGUUCCUGCUGGUGCUGCUGCUGGGCUACGGUCUGGUGGAGAUCCCUCGCUCCUACUGGAACGCCUCCCGCCACGGACACCUGCUCAUGAAGACCUACUUCAAGGCGUCCAAGCUGAUGACGGAGAAGGCCGACGCCGAGGAGAACCUGGAGGACGUGAUGGAGGAGGUCCGCAAGGUCAGCGAGUCCAUCAAGUACAACCAUCCGCUGAGGAAAUGCAUCGACACCGUCCUGAGGAAGUGUCCCGUAGACUACCAGGAGAAGAUGGGCCGCAACAUGGACGACUACGAGGACUUUGACGACAAGCAGAACUCCUACCCGACCGAGAAGAGCCUGGUGAAGCUGCACAAGCAGGUGAUCUACGCGGUCCAGAGGCAGAACCGGACCCGGGUCCAGUGGCAGAUUCUGCUGCAGCAGGCCAUCCACCUGGAGGACGUGGCCAAGAACGAGAGCAGCGUGGGCCGCCAGUUCGUCCACAGCUUCCCGUCCUGCGAGCCGGUCGGCUGGGUCGGCCGGUACCUGUACACCCCGACCGUAGAGUGGUACUGGGAGUGUCUCCUGAAGUGCUGGUUCUACCGGCUGCUCUCUGUGGUUCUGACCCUGUUCAGCGUGGCCGUGGUCUGGUCCGAAUGCACCUUCUUCAGCACCCGGCCGGUUCUGUCGCUCUUCGCCGUCUUCAUCCAGCUGGCAGAGAGGGACUACAACUACCUCUACAUCGAGAUGGCGUGCUUCGUCACCAUCUUCUUCCUCUGCACCUGCGUCUACUCCACCGUCUUCCGUAUCCGGGUCUUUAACUACUACUACCUGGCCUCCCACCAUCAGACCGACGCCUACAGCCUGCAGUUCAGCGGCAUGCUCUUCUGCCGCCUGACUCCUCCGCUGUGCCUGAACUUCCUGGGUCUGAUCCACAUGGACUCGGCCAUCUCCCACCAGGAGAAGCUGCAGACGGCUUACACCUCGAUCAUGGGCUCCAUGCGGGUUCUGUCCUUCAUCGCCAACGGGUUCUACAUCUACUACCCCAUGCUCAUCGUCAUCCUCUGCAUCGCCACCUACUUCAGUCUGGGAACGCGCUGCCUGAACCUUCUGGGCUUCCAGCAGUUCAUGGACGACAGCGACAUGACCUCUGACCUGAUCGACGAGGGAAAGGAGCUGAUCCGGCGCGAGAGGAGGAAGCGGCAGAGGAUGGAGGACGGAGAGAGCCGACGCAGAGAGUGGAAGGAACGUUACGGGAACCAGAGGGAGGACCUCGCUGCGAGGAACCGGACCAGCCAUGAGAUGAAGGAGACGAACUACUCCGAGUCCAGCAGAGAGAGACAGGCUAAAUACUCCCGCUCCGGGGUCCGGGCGGAGAGGGACUGCAUGGAGCUGCUGCAGGAUGCAGAACCGCUGGACUUCAACGCCGACUCGCUGACGGACGACCCGCUGGAGGCGGAGCCUGGCAGACACGCAGGAGGACGUUAUCUGUCCAUGUCUUCGUCUCGGAGCCGAAUAUUUGAUGACGUCUAGCGCGGCGCCUCUUCUCCUAACACGCAUGCUAACAAGCCCACAGCUCGGUCUGAGGAACAUCUCAACACUUCACGGCGUCCGGCUCUGCUGCAUCCAGCCACUAUGAAGGAAUUUUCCUGCUGUUAUUUAUGCCGCGGUCUGAGCAUGCUCACCAAUGUCCAGCAGCCGCACGGCUGACGAACUCUGAUGAAGGUCACGUUCUACUUUAUUUAUACUUUUAGUUUAUUCCUCCAUGUUGGUGUUGUAGAUUAAUUUAAUAGUGAAAUCCUAAAUGAUUGGUGUUUAUGAGCCAGUUUGCACUUGACCUGAAACGUCUGAGCUGCUUUCACCCUGUGGGUUCCUGCCUGUGAACACUGUGCACGUCCCCUUAGAGUAACUCAUCAUUUCCUCUUUCUAUUGUGUAAAAAUGAAAGUCGGCGUCGUCGGCUGCCUUUUCCAUCCAUCUGAUUAGAAACGGAGUUAAAAUAAAGCGUGGCGCUGACUCCAGAGCAGCACUGGACUGACUUUGUUGAUUUGUGAGCGAAGCUAAGAACAAAGCCCUGAGAAACGCCGCCUGCUCUGGGGACACAAACUGCUGCCGCUGUUCAAAGUGACUUAUUUCACAUCGUUGGAUCAUUUGUCCUGUUGAGAUUCAGGAGAAACAAAAAUAAUCAGAACUACUGAUGGUAACAUAGCUCCAUCUUCUUCACUCUUAUGUAUAUAUGUAUAAUAUGUGUUUUUUUUUCUAUAGUACGGACUAAUUAAUCAUGUGACUUUGUAUUUAAGGCUUCUUUCCUGCGUCUGGUCCUCAUGGUGACUCUGGUGAUGUGAAGUCAUUACGGUUUUCAUCUCAGUUCAAGAGGUUUCACUAGAAGAAACAAGAAAUGUUCAGUUCCUCUAACAUUGUUCUGUCCAAGAAUAAAAUCUGGUUCAUGCUGAAGAAA